CCAAAAACCUCGAUAGCCGUAACCGUAAGUAAUCGGUGUUUGGCCGCUCCCUUUGAACUCCUGGACCUAACCGGUAGCUGCAAAUGUCGUCCAGCACAACCGCCGCGGUGGGAAAGUCGAACUCCCGCUGGGUGCCUGCCUCGGGUCCCUCGGUCCCCCAGGCCCCGGACCAGCGCCCUCCUAGUAACCCCCCGGUGUCCUCCCCAGCUAUCGUGGUUCCGUCGGAUUCGGACUCGCCUGAGCCUCCAGUCCCUCAGGUCCCCAACAGUCGCCCGGCCGGUAACCCCCCGGUGGGCCCUUUAAAUGUCGCGGGUCCAUCGAACCCUCCUGCGCCUGCAACCCCUCAGGCCUCCCACAAGCGUCCUGCCGGUAACCCCCCGGCGGGCUUUAACCGCCGCGGCAAAAAGACCGCCGCCGAGAAGAAGCGUGAGGCGCGCGACGAGCGCCGCCGCAACGCCCUCGAUUCCAAUGGUCCUGCCCCCGAAACGGACACCGCUUCCUCCUCGCUUUACAUGGGUGUCCGCGACGCGCUCCCGCCGCAAGAGGUUAUCGAUUCCCAAUAA